GAAAACAAUCUUCGAUUGUCCAAUUCCAACCAACGGCCAGGGCGUAACUUGACUGGAAGGCUUUGUUUCAAAAUGGAAACCUUGCAGUUCCUAUGAUGAUGAUAUAGAAAUGAAUUGCUUCAGCUGCAGUUUCUGCUCUGUUGCGAUCCGCGUCCCCGAACUUUGAGGUGUCGAUGGUGGCCGUGCGAUUGGGCACUCCAAGCUUUGCUCGUCUUGCUAAGCUUGCCAUGCCCUCAUGCACAGCUUUGAUUGUGUUGGAAACUCCGCAAAAGGGGUCGGCCUUCCCGGUCUCUUGCGCAUGCGAAGACUUUAUCUUUUGCGAAGGUUUUGGCGCGCAGAAACCACGAUGCCACUGUCAACCGAAGAUGCUGUAGGCAAUAUUGCAUAGGGCGUCCGGACUAUGUUGUCCUCGCUUUCGUCGUCUGGGGCUGCGACGCUCGCCCCACUAGCAGUGCGGCAAACUAAAUUGCUGAGCUGGAGCCCCAGCGAGGAGCACCUGUUUGCACAUAUUCACUCUCAAUGCGGCAAUCGCUGGGCAGAAAUCGCCAAGCGGCUUAAAUCAGGGCGCACGCCGAACGAUGUCAAGAACAUGUGGCACUCCACCCUGCGUGCCAAGGUCUGCCGCCGCAACUCCUUUCUGUUCACAUACCUCCGCCACCUGGGUGACAACUGGGACAAUGCCGAGGCCCGCACCGCGGCGUACGACCACGCCUUGCGUGACAUGAACGACGGGGCGCUGGAGCCGGCGCGGUUGUCGCGCCGCGUGCGCCGCGCGCUCAAGGCUGUCGGGCUGGCCACCACCACGGGGUUGGUCGGGCAACACAUGCAGCCCACGCCGGACCCCCAGCAGGGCUUGGGCCUGGCGGGCAUUGAGGGCGCCACACUGGUUGUUCCCUUGGACGACAAACCGGCAAGGGCGCGCAGCCGCCCGAUGCAGAUCCGGUUGAUGCCCGGCACCCUGGACCCGCGAGGGCGGUCUCAGUCUCCGCCCGAAAUUGCCGACGUGCUCGCCGCCGCGGCGGGCGCCGCCGCCGCUGUUGGUGUUGCGCCGCUGGAGCCACUACAGCCGCCGCAGCCGCCGGAGGGCUUGGCGCCGCAGCUGCCGCCGCAGUUACCGCACGUGCCGCCGGCGAGGGUGCGCCGGCCCCAAUCCCACCUGCAGCUGCAGGUAGACGGGCAGCAGCAUGAGGGUUUGACUCCUGAUAUGCUAAACUUGCAUGUCAGCGAUAGCGGUCACAGCACACGCGCAACCAGCGCGGACGGUGGUGCGUCGGAGACAAGCAGCGGCGUGGCUGGCCGGAUGCUCCCCAGAUCGAGCGGCGGCGUUCUGGGUUCAUACGCCAGCGGGCCCCUGCUGUCGGUCCCUGCGGCUGCAGCAAGUGCAGCGUCUGUUGUACCGGCGGCAGCGGCCGAAGCGGCACUGUCACACUACCAGCAGCAGGAGCUGUGCCGUGGCUAUGCCCGGCAGACGCCGCUGUCCGCCACCACCAGCAGCCCCAGCACCGCAGUAGUAGAGGUGCCGGUGCUACGCCAGCAGUCGGGGCGGCAGCAGCCGCAACAGCAGCACCAGCAGCCGCUGCAGCACACACGGCCGUCGCAGCAGGCGCAGCCUCCCAUGGCUGUCCACUGCUGGCCCCCGCCGUCCUCAGGGCAGCACCACCAUCAGCCACAGCAGUCCAGCCGCAGCGACGAGUACGCAUCGUGUGAGGGCAGCUCACAAGCGGCGGUGGUGGCGCAGCUUCGGGCACAUGCAUCGGCGCCUGCAGCAAUGGCCCUGAGGAGGAGCUCGCCGGGCGUUACUGUUCGCGGCGCUGGUGGGGCUCAGGGAGGCCUGCAAGUGGCUCCCGAUCAUGGCCAAAGUUAUUACCAGCAGCCGCAGCCGCAGCGGCAGGUGCAGCAGGUGCAGGAGCAGCAGCAAAUGGACCAAGACAGCUUCGGCUGCGGCGAUCUGCGUGAUUUGCAUGCCGGGCACAUGCCACAGUCCCACGUGAGGUCAUUGUGCUCGGCCAGUGCCUUGAGCGACAAUUUGCGGUUCGCGCAUCCGCAGCAGCAUGCGCUGAGGCAGUCGCAGCAGUCGCAGCAGCAGCACCAGCACCAGCAAAUGCCACUCCAACACUCGUCGUCAUGGCACCACCAGCAGACGCAGCAGCAUCAGCAGACGCAGCCAGAGGUUGUUGAUUUUACCAUGGAUGACGGCCCCAUGCCGGCGCGCCCGGCCCGGCACAUGCGCAGCGGCGGCGACAACAACUUUGGCGGACACCGCUGCAGUGCCCCCGGCAACAUUGCGGCAGCGCAUGACGGCGUACCGGUCCUUGAUAACUACCAGGAUGCCUGCUAUCGCUGGCGCCCAUCGCCGUCGCAACCACAUGCGAUGGUGGCGCAGCAGCACCAGCACCAGCACCAGCCUCAGCACCAGCCUCAGGGGCAUGCCCGCCGGCCGGCUGACAGUGCCGCGCCUUACUCCCUUCCGCACCAGCCGCAGUCCCGGGCUCCGCUUGCCCGGCCACUGCCCCAGGCGGCUUCCGAGGCCUGGCGGCAGCAGCCCAACGGCCGCCAACCAUACCAUAUGCAGCCACAGCAGCAGCAACAGCAGAGGCGGGACUUGCUGCAGCUCUCCCUCCAAGCGGACAUGGCGGCUGCGCCCGCCGCCGCCGCCGCCGCCGUGGACCGGAUGCCAGUGGAAGGCCUGGGCGGCCACUACGCCGCCGCCGCGGCGGCGGCGGGCUCCCAGGAGCUGACGCUACCGUACCGGCAAUCGCGUGUAACACUUGUGGAGCCUGUCCUGCAGCUGCACCCGCACUCCCAGCAACACCAGCCGCAGACCCGGCAGCCAUGCCACCAGUACCCGCGCCACCAGCAGCAGCCGGAGCAGCAGCAGCAGCAGCAGCAGCAGCAGACGGAGCAUCCGCAGCAGACAGAGCAGGUGCUGCAGGUGCCGCACCAACAGCGCUGGGUGCAGCAGCCGCAGCCACAGCCGCAGCAGCAGCAGCAGCUUUUCGAGGACGACUAUGCUAUGGCAGACGCGGCGGCGGCGGCUGUGGGCACGCAGGAUGAAGGCCAAUUCCUGUCGGCGGCGCAGCUGGUGCCGCCUCCGGCGCGGCAGCUGCCCCUGCGGACCCAGAUGGAGGGGCGCCAGCAGCAGUUGCAGCAGCACCAGGGCCUCCAGCAGGAGCGGCACCCGGACACGGGCAGCACAACCGAGGUGCUCCGCAGCAUCAUCCUGAAGCUGGCGCACGAGCAGGACCAGCAGCAGCGCGUGUGACGCCGGGGCGCGCAUGGCUUGGUGGCUUGUGCUGGGCGGGUUGAGGCUGUGGAGAGGCAGGGGUCUCGGCGGUGAGGGGCCGCAGCGACGGCGGCGAUGGGAUGGGAGUGCCACGCACUGCGCCAAGUGUGGUGCAGUGGAGACUGGAGAGGGAGUGUGAAGGUAGUGCAGCAGCGGCGCCACAGGUACAGCAGCCGUGUUGGCUGAAGGGCAAUGCACAUCUUAAUGGAGUGCCCGGCGUAUACGGUACCAGCAUACGGUCUAAUUGGAGAACGACAUCGAGCUGUCACAACACUCUAUGCGUGCCUGCUUUGGGAGCAAAGACCCGAGGGCAUGAAUAGUUGAAUGUAUCAGCGCUGUAUUAGCACAUCGGGACGUCAUAGUCCCUCCCUUCGGCUUGCAAGGAUGCCUCCCUCUCCUUCGUGACGCUGGAAGCAUCAGAGGAACUGGGCAUCGGCCGCGCCACGGCCGUGCGUACGGUACGGCAGCAGUAGCAAGCACCAAAGUGCGCGGUGACAGCAUCAGCAUGUGGAUUUUAUGCCCAUGGCGGCAUGUGGGGCCGACUGCAAGUAGCAAGGCACAAUUCAUCUGUGUUGUUUUGUUUGGUGGUUGGUCAGCGCGGGCUCGGUAGUUGGCUGGGUUGCCACGCCAACAGGGAUGCUGGCUGGUGACAAUGCAAGGGCGAGUAAAGCAAUUGACCAAGGUUACGCAGUACUGCUGUGCCUUUUCAGGUUGGUUUGCGAUCAAUAGUCAGAUAGUGAUACAGGCAGAGCGUGUGGGGGAGGGGGGGCCACCGGUUUCCAUGCCUAAGAUGUUCAUGUUGCGAAUCAGUGCAGACCUGGCAGCGUCCGUGUCAGUGGGCGUUGCUUGCGUAACGCGUUGCUUGCGUGCGUGUACGCUAGCUGCUCAAGAGCAAACUUGAAUUCAAUCACGAAACCACACUCAGGUGGCUCUUGUGAACCACACACGGCCGGUUCUUACGGUAGGGACUGUGGGGCCUGUAAGCGCUGCUGCAGAUGUUGAUGUGUUGGGCGCGUCACAGGAAUGAUGCUGGUGCGUGGCAGCGUGCAUCGGUGUUGCAUUCGGGUCUGAGUGGCUGAAGUUCUGAGGAGAGAUAGUGCAACGAUGCCUGGCAAGGACUGCCGGGAUUGUACCCAGCCAUGGCGGGUGUCUUCGGUACUAUUGCAAUCUGGGCAUUCCCAUGCACGAGGGCGGGGUUCCAGUAACAUGGUAUCGGUGACAAAGGAAGUCUGUAAGUGAAGGCUACG